AUUGAGUGUCUAGAAAUUAAAAGUGAAAAUUUUGGCACGUGUUCUAAUCAGAAAUUUUGUGCAUCCAUUUCUAGAAUUUGCCACAAAGUAGCCAACAUGCAGCUUUUUGUACGUGGUUUGGACUCCGUUGAGACCCUAGAGGUUUCCCAAAAUGAUACAAUUGCCGCCGUCAAGGCUCAAUUGACCCAAUUGAAGGGAAUCACCGAAGAUUUCGUCCUUAACUGUGAAGGAAACGCUUUGGAGAACGAUGCCUGCGUUAGCAGCUUGUCGUCCUUUGAAUUGGAUGUCACCGUACCACUUCUCGGAGGUAAAGUGCACGGUUCUUUAGCUCGUGCCGGUAAGGUCAAGGGACAAACUCCUAAAGUUGAGAAACAAGAAAAGAGGAAGAAGAAGACCGGUCGUGCAAAGAGGAGGAUUCAGUACAACAGACGUUUCGUCAACUUCGUGCACGGAUUCGGUCGUCGUCGUGGUCCAAAUGCUAACUCUUCUUAGAUUAUGUCCCAAAUUUCUUAAUCUUUUUUGUGAAUAAAAAACAAAACAUUUUAUAAAAAUA